AUGACAGGAACAUUCAUUCUCCCCGGAAAGCUAGACACCCCAUACACGUACAGCGUCCGACACAUCCGCGACGGAUACAUGUACAGCACGCGAAGCAUAGAUGCACGUCAAAACGGCAAAAUCUGCUUCACGGCCAUCUGCAGCUUCAAGCGUGACGAACAACAACAGUUAUUCAACCACCAGCCCGCACCAGUGCAAACCCGUUUCAAUUCAAUUCUGACUUCCAAACCAGCCGAAAAGCAACCACUCAGUCCAAGCGUUGAUGCAGACUGGUGGAUUGAGAAUGUCCGGCAUGGAAAUAUCACCGAGCGGCCAUUCCCCGGGUUGGAUGUGCGCAAGACUGAUAUGGGGGGGUUUAAUACCUCGGUCUUGGUGAAGGGGGAGCCUGAGCGCUAUCGGCAGCUUACGCAGUAUCGGCUCAAGGGAUCGCCUGAGGCUGAUGCGUCUGUCAAGUUGGAUGUUGUUAGGAGGAAGGAGGAGGCGGGUGAGUAUGAUAAUCUUUAUGUGUGUGCGCAUAUGUAUUCUAGUGAUAAGAAUUCUUUGUUGCUUAUUCCCCGGGCUCUUGGGAUUCGGGCUUGGAGUGAGAUGGCUAGUUUAACGCUUACUGUUAUUGUGCAUGUGCAUGGGGAGGCAUUGAGGAUGGUUGAUUGGGGGUUGGCUGAUGCUGGGGCUGGCACUGGAGAGUUGCCUAUGAAGUGGUUUAUACAGGAGGGGUGGACGCCUAGGGCUGUGGAGAAUCGGGCGGUGCAUGAGAGUUUCCUUUGGGGUCCUGAUGGGUCAUUGGUUGGUACUUCUAUGCAGGAUAGUAUGUUGAGAUUGAGGCGGUUGGGGACGGAGUCCAAUUUGUGA